AUUUACUUCCCUUAGACCAAACAUUUAUCAAUAGGCCGGCCGGAACCAGACUGGAUUUCACGCAUGCGUACAGCCCGUAGAUAAGGGAAAACCAAUUUGGCAGCCAUUUUUUACAAAUUAAAGAUUGUGAAACGAAGUUAUUCUUAAAAAAUUGGUCAAGAUUUAAAUGAUGAUGAAGAUAUGAGUGAACAGUCUGACCAGCUUUCUGUAGAGGUGAUGGCUAUACCAGAAGGAGGUGCUCAAGAACAAAUGGAUGUCUCAACUGAUGACAGUCCAGGCUAUGUGAGCAUUAAAACAAAAGGACCUGGAAAACCAAUUAUUAUAAGAUCUGAUGGGUCAGAACAGACUUUGUCACAGUUUGUCAAUAGCAGUUUGUCUGUACCCACUGAAACAAAAGAUGAUGUAUAUAAUAAGUAUGCUAUGGAUGAAGAGGAUGGAAUGGUUGAAGAAGCGGAGUUUUACCUUGACAAGAAAACAGGAAAAACCAUAAUAUUGACCAAAAACAAGCAAGAAUCUGAAAGCAACAUAGAUGAUGAAGAAUGCGAGUUUAUGCAAGAUUCUGAGCUGAGUGAGAAGAUUAUCGUGGCAAAAACCAAAAGCCUGUUAGAUGAUAGGGAAGAAAUUCAAGCUAAAGCACAGACAGAAGCUAGUUUUCGGUCACAGGCAAAGGUCUUCUCUAUAGGUACUAAUCUCCAGGAUGAUAGACCAGAAAUUUUAAACAGCCUGUCCAGAAAGAAGUAUAAACUUAGCCAAAAGGGAACCAAGAAAAAUGUUGGAGCAAAGAAAAACAGUCCUGGAAAGGUGGAAUCUAGCUUUAGGCUUAUCCAAAGACCUUCCCCAUACCCCAACUGGAUUAUGGACUUGCCAAUUAGAGAAGCAUUAGACAAAGCCAUUGUUGAUGAAGAAGGAAACAUGCUUCAGUUGCAGCUAAAUUUAGUGCCAAUGAAAUCAGGUACAGAUUUUAAGAGAGUCGACACUUUGCAAGUGCAGAAUGUCCAAAACACGGGAAAUGACAUUUUCUCAGAGGGAUCAAUUGACAGGCCUCCAGAUGAAGUGACAUGUCUUAAUUUUCACCGUAAUCAAACAGGGGCUGUGUCGGCAGUUGCUCUUACACAGCCUUCAGCAACUACCUAUGACAAUGUAGGCAACAAUGUUGGUAGUCAUCAAUUCCAUGAUGCUACAAUGGGAACAAUGUCUGCUCCAAAUAUCUAUGGAGACGUCAUCGAUCAGCCUUUAGAUCUUAACUGUAGAAAAACCGUUAGAUUUAUCAAUGAAGGGUAAAUCAGAGAACAUUCCGCAUCUAGGUGAUGAUCGCAGUGUAGAAGAAGAAGUUGUGGAAGUGGAUGAUGAAGAGCUGUCUAUAAUUGAAAGUGGUCCAGCGAAGACAGAAGUAGAUACCAACAUGACUGAAUAUCGUACAAGAUGCCCCUCAGUUUUGAGUGUUUCAGGCAAAGAAUCUAUACAAGGGGAUGAAACAUAUGACAUGAUAACAAACCAUUAUCCGAGAGAAACAGACGAGAACAACAUUGGUGAUGGCAACUUACCCAGCUUAAGUAGACUGUCUUUAAAAAGCAAUAGUCGGGCUCAGAGUUGUACUGCAGUCCAGGAUUCAAAUGUUCAAGAGGCAAUGGUUAAUAUUGUUGAAAGUCAGCAGAACACAGUUAGUGGUCAACAAAAGAUUUUGAAUUUAGUUACCAGCGGUCAAGUUACUUUUGGAAAACUAUUUGAAAUAUAUUUAAAGAAUCAGAUGGAGAAAGCAGCAAGUACAUCAUCAGGUGCAACAGGUCAAGCCUUGCCAAUAAAUAACGAGAAAGACUUUAAUCAAGCUCUAAGGCCACAAUCUCAAAUUUCAAUUCCACCCGCUGAUAAUGAAGUACAAGAGCUAGAUGUCCCUGCACUAGCCAUGCCUAAUCUUUGUAGCUUAGAGUUGGCCAAUACUGAAGGUGAAAUUCUUGUGACAAAAAAGGAAAAGUUAAAGAAUAAAUUGAAAGAGAAAGUUCUGCAGGGGCAGAACAACAGCAUGUAGGGACAUAAUUGACACAUAAUAGUUAAUUGGCUAAGCACCAAAUAAAACAUUAUUUCAGUUA